AUGUCUACAAAUGCUCUACCCUCCCGCGAUGCUCAGGAUGCACCCUUGAAUGAACAAGGAAAUAAUGGUGUAAGCAGCAUCCAAAACAGGCCGAAGCACGAGUAUCAAGUCAAAGAGGAGCCGCUGAACUCGGCCGCUCCCGUAAGCGUUGUCUGCAUUGGGGCCGGAGUUUCCGGCAUUGUGACAGCCAUUCGAAUCCAAGAGAGGUUGCAGAACUGUGAGUUCACUAUCUUUGAGAAGAAUGAUGAUCUCGGUGGUACUUGGUUGGAAAACCGAUAUCCAGGAUGCGCCUGCGACGUUCCAGGACAUGCCUACACCUACACCUUUGAGCCCAACCCUGACUACUCCAAGUAUUACGUUGGCUCACCUGAAAUCCACGCAUACUUGAAGGCCGUCGCCAAGAAGUAUGAUGUGGAGAAAUACAUCCAAUAUAAUCACUCCAUCACCGAAGCAGUGUGGAAUGAAGCGGAUGGUGUCUGGGAUCUGGAGAUUGAGGUUUCCUCGCCUGGGUCUGACAAGAAAACCUUGCUUCGAAAGCGCUGCAACAUCCUCCUAAAUGCGGGUGGAAUCCUCAAUAAUUGGAGAUGGCCCAAUAUUCCCGGAUUGACAUCAUUCAAAGGCCAUCUCUGCCAUUCGGCACAAUGGAAGGACUUUGCCUGGGAAGGAAAGACUAUCGCGGUUAUUGGCUCCGGUUCUUCUGCGAUCCAAAUUACGCCCAAUCUCCAGCCUAUUGUUGGGAAAAUGAAAUCAUUCAUCCGUUCUCCAACAUGGAUUAUGCCUACCUAUGGCUUGAUUGAUUGGAAGGAUGAAGAGAAGAAAAUGACCUACACCCCAGAGGAGCGACAGAAGUUCCGAGACGAUCCUGCCGCAUUCCUUGCCUACCGAAAGAAGCUCGAAACCGAUAUGAACCGCGCAUACAGCAUGCUUUACAAGGAUACUCCCGAGCAACAAGCUGCCAAGGUUCAAUUCGCCGCAAUCAUGAAAGCUCGACUAGGUGGUGAUGAAGAACUUGCUGCCAAGUUGACACCUCCAUGGGCUGUAGGAUGUCGCAGACUUACACCAGGACAUAACUUCUUGGAGAGUCUGGUCAAACCAAACGUGGAAGUUGUCACCAACGAAAUUAUACGCAUCGAGCCUGAUGGGCUGGUGACUGAGGACGGGGUGUUGCACAAGGUCGACGCUAUCGUGUGCGCCACUGGAUUCAACACCACCUUCCGACCUCGCUUUAAAUUGGUCGGGCGUCAAGGAGUACCUCUUUCCGACCUGUGGGAAGACACCAACAAUGUCGACGCCUAUCUCUCAAUGGCAGUCCCAGAAUUCCCCAAUUACUUCAUGUUCCUCGGGCCAAAUUCACCAAUCGCCAACGGAACACUCAUUCCCGUCAUCGAGAAGCAGUGCGAUUACAUGCUGUCCUUCAUUUCCAAGUACCAGAAGGAGAGACUUCAUUCUUUUUCAGUGAAGAGAUCGGUGGUAAACCAGCUGAACCAGUAUUAUCAGAGAUUCCUUCAAAGAAUGGUUGUCUCUGAUCCAUGUCGCUCAUGGUACAAAGGAGGCCGUGCAGAUGGCAAAGUUAUUGCAAUCUGGCCUGGAUCAAGCUUGCAUUAUAUGAAGAUCAUCAGCGAGCCGAGGCACGAGGAUUGGGAAUACUCCUACAGUUAUGGAAAUAUGUGGGCCUUUUUGGGAGACGGCCGCACACUGCUGGAGACAAAGGAUUUACAGACAAAAAGUGAAGAUCUGGCGUGGUAUUUGGUUAACCCUGAGGAAUUCAUGCGUGUUGACACACAAUUGACGGACUAG